CUUAGCGCACCGUUAUUUAUGUCCGUGUUGGGAACAUUUGUUGUGCUACUAUUUUAUUUGAUGAUGAACAAGCGUCACUAAAUCACGAAAACACUCCCCUGUGUAGAGUGUUUAUUACUACACGGCGCACAAAAUGCCACGUUCAUACUUGAAAACGGACGAGGCGAGAGAUGCUGCGGAGAUGAAAUAUUUGCUUGCAUCCAAAAUUAGGCGUCGAAAAGAAGAAAUCCAUAACUACAUAUUAGAAAGGAGAGCUGAAGUUCACAAACGAAUCAGAUAUCGAAGGCACCUAUUCCAGAAUUAUCUCAGCACGAGAACGUCACCAUCACCAGAUGAAGAAGAUCUGCAAAAUCAUGUCCCAAUCCCUUCAGACCCAGACUGGUGGGAGAAAGUCGUGAUGACAGAGUUUGGACCAGAAGACUGGCUUGACAAGUUCCACGUCACAAGAGACAUCUUCCUUCUUCUGAGCAGCAAACUCAAGCCCCAGCUCGAGCAAAUGUAUGUACAACAAACCGGACAGACCAUUACACUAGAGAGAUGUAUCGCCAUGGCCUUAAUGCGUUUGUCCACCAGCACAGAAUAUUGUUUCUUAAGCGAACUCUUCGGUGUGCCUAUCCCUGUCGUCUGUCAGUGUGUACGGGAGGUGUGUGAAGCCAUCAUUUUGUUACUGAAACCCCUCUACAUGCAGUUACCUGCAGAUCACGAACUAGAAGAAAAUGCUGAGCAGUUUCAUACUCGGUGGGGUUUUCCUCACUGCAUUGGUGUCAUAGACUCCCUUCACAUCCCUGUUAAAUCGCCCGCCACGGACACGCAGGAUUGCUGGAACCCGAGAGGUUGGCACUCCGUGGUUCUUCAGGGUGUGGUGAACGCACAAGGUACGUUCUGGGACGUUUGCUCUGGUUUUACAGGCAGCACAGAUGACAUGACCAUCCUGCAGAGCUCAGAGCUGUGGACUAUGGCAGAGCAGGGAGGAUUCUGCUCUCAGCCACCCAAAGAGCUCAUGGGUCAUCCGUUGGGAUUUCUGCUGCUGGGGGAUGCGGGUUACUCGCUUCAGACCUGGCUACUGAAAUGUUAUCCCUCAUCGCUGAAUCUAACACAUCAACAGCUAACAUUCAACGUCCAACUAAACCACGGCCUUCAAGUCAUCGAACAUGCCUUCCAGCGCCUUAAAGCACGCUGGCAGUGUCUGCACAACAGAAAUGACAGCAACUUAGACUUGGUAUCCAAGAUGGCUGUAGCUUGCUGUAUCUUGCACAAUAUCUGUAAUGUGCAUAACAGCCCGUUUAAAGAGGAGUGGGUUGAAGCACUGAGUCAGAAUGAAUGUCCACAGCCCACAGACGUUUCUACGGUCUAUAUAGAUGAUCCGAACGCUGAGGCAGUUCGUUCUCUGCUCUGUAGCUAUUUUGAGCAACAACAGAUGAGUAAAACACUCGAUCAGUCUCCAACAAGCAGCCCGGUUCUGCCUGUACCUGAGCCUCCUCAAGUUGACUGUGCUGGAACAACAUAGCUUGUUUAUUGAAUAUUUAAUAUUUUCCAUUUAAUAUUUAAAAAUGAACAUGGAUUAGCUGGCAGGAAGUGUCUAAAUUGAUUGUAUUUAAAGUCAAUCUCAUAUUUUAUGACUCUAAGGUGAUUUGUUUUAUUAACUUUUAUAAAUGAAUGACUUUUAAUAUGACAAGUUUUAUUUGGUGUCUGAUGUAUUGAUAUUGUAAAUAGUAGAUCUAAAUGUUGUGUUCAAAGAUAUUUUUAUUUCUGUUUUGUUGAAAUAAACAAUAAUAUUGAUG